UACAUCCAGAUUUGCCUGAACUAAAAUGGCGUCUCUUAUCUGCGCAAUAUCCAGUGAGGUCCCGGAGAGUCCGGUAGUGUCUCCAGUAUCAGGUCAAGUUUAUGAGAGGAGACUGAUAGAAAAGUAUAUAGAUGAGAACGGAACAGAUCCAAUCUCUAAGGAACCAUUGAGUAAAGAGCAGUUGGUUGAGAUAAAGGUUUCUCCUCUAGUGAAACCUAAACCUCCCAGUGCAACUAGUAUACCAGCCAUUCUCAAAUCCCUACAGGAUGAAUGGGAUGCUGUUAUGCUACACAGUUUCACGCUCCGCCAACAGCUUCAAACUGCGCGCCAAGAACUGUCCCACGCGCUAUACCAGCACGAUGCCGCCUGCAGAGUUAUUGCGCGUCUCAACAAGGAGGUUACUGCUGCGCGUGAAGCGUUGGCUACUCUCAAACCCCAGGCUGGUGGUGCUACUCCACUACACACUCCGGCACAUGCUCCUGCCACACCUGUACAUGCUGAAACUCCAGUUCAUGUGCAGAAACCGGUUGAAGAAUCAGGCAUGACUGGUGAGAUCCUAGAGAAGUUGCAGGAGAAGGCAACUGUUCUAACACAGGAGAGGAAGAGAAGAGGAAGAACUGUUCCUCAGGAAUUAAUGUCUGCGGAAAGUAUCUCCAGCUUUGUUACUCAAUCCUCUCAUCCUGGUCUACACUCUGCUUCAGUUCCAGGUAUCCUGGCUCUGGAUAUAUUUGCUAAGGAUACUAGCAAGAUAUUGACUGGAGGAGCGGAUAAGAAUGCUACCGUCUUCAACAAGGAUCUUGAACAGGUUGUUGCUGUAUUGAAAGGACAUACCAAGAAAGUUAACCAUGUUGUAUAUCAUCCUACUGAGGAUACUGCUAUCACUGGUUCUCAUGAUGCUACAGUCAGAGUUUGGAACGUUCCGACCGCACAGACAAUGCAUCUACUGAAGGUUCAUGAAGGACCUAUCACUGGGUUAUCCCUUCACGCUACAGGUGAUUACAUCCUGACAACCUCUACAGAUCAAUGCUGGGCGUUCUCUGACAUUAGGUCUGGUCGUCUAGUAUCCAGGGUUAACGACCAGAGUGGUGGAGUAGCGCUGACUUGCGCCCAGUUCCAUCCUGACGGUCUUCUUGUGGGAACAGGAACUGCUGAUGCUAACAUCAAGAUUUGGGAUCUCAAGGAGGGAACUAAUGUUGCCAAUUUCCCUGGACAUACUGGACAGAUCUCUGCUCUUGCAUUCUCUGAGAACGGUUACUACCUGGCCACUGCUGCAGAUGACAGUUGUGUCAAGCUUUGGGAUUUGCGUAAGUUGAAGAACUUCAAGACUCUGCAGCUGGAUGAAGGAUAUGAGGUUCGUGACAUCAACUUCGAUACCUCCGGUACAUACCUAGCUGUGGCUGGUACUGAUGUUAGGGUAUACUUAUGUAAACAGUGGACGGAGUUGCUAGUUAUGCAAGAUCAUACAGCCACCGCUACAGGAGUCAGAUUUGGAGACAACUCCAGGUUUAUCGCAUCUACGUCUAUGGACCGAACUCUGAAGAUUUAUGGACCUGCUUAAGCUAAAGUCUAGCGGACCACCUCUACCAUAUAUCUGCGGGCCCUUGCUGGUCCAAUUCAUAAGAUUUAUGGACCUGGUUAAGCUAAAGUCUAGCGGACCAUCUCUACUAUAUAUCUGCGGGCCCUUGCUGGUCCAAUUCAUUAGAUUGAUGUACCUUAAUUCCCGAAAAAAAAUUUUUUAAGGGUAUUCCGACAUUGAUCAACAAUUUGUUUUUUUUGACAAUAAAUAAAAACGAGUUUAUUUUAUCUCAAAAACACAAGUACAUUGUAUAAAGUAUCACGCAUUUGAACAUAAUUGUUCGAUCUUGAAGUUGUUUUGUAAUUCUGUAAUAAAUAUGUACAAAACAGAUGAAUUAAGCCAAUUUUUUCAGA